CUUUUCUUUAACAUUUUUACUCUAUGUAUCAAAAUUCUGAUGACUGGACCGAGCAUAUUCGUGUGCUGAGGAUUCUGACUGAAAUGUUUCUGCCUCAUAUCAACCUUUCAGAAUUAGAGCAAACCUUUUUCUCAAAAGUGUUACCCAAGGCAAUACAAUUAUUUGAUGAUUUGUUGUAUGAAUUAUCCAGUCAAGCCAAAGGACUAACCAGCCAGAACAUAGAAUUAUGCAAAGCGGUGAGGAAUGUUUUACAGACUAUGGUGCAGCUGCUGGAAACUCUGAUGGGUUGUGUGCGACAUAUCUGUACCCUGCAGGAGCCUGUGCCUUUAGAGAGUAUCUGUAGCCUUCACUCUACCAUUCUUUAUGUAAUCAAAAACACAUUUAUGCACUGCAAGCACCUGCACAUGGAGGAAAACUGA